GUUUUUAUAGGUUAGGCUAGGUUAGGGAGGUUAGGGUUUACCUUUUUGGCUUUUUGUUAUUCCACUACUAGUAAAACUUAUAGUUAUAAAAUUAUUAAAAUGCAACAAAGAGAAGAAAAACAAUUAGAAUCAGCUUUGGAAUCCAUCAUUCAAAGGGUAAAUGACUUGAAGGCUUCUCUGGCAGCUAUGAUAUUCAAAGUUGAAAACGAAUAUGACACCCUCAACUGGCCCAAAUUGAUGGACAAUUAUGCUUUAAUUUCUGGACAGUUAAUAUCCCUCUCAAAAGUGCUCAGCCAUGACAAAUGUCCGAACCUUAGAAAUCUCACAGUGUUACCUUUAAUGUUAUCACCUGAAAGGGAUGAGCAAUUGCUCCAGGUAACUGAAGGUAGGAUUUCAACAUUUUCACAUGAUUUAGUCCCGGAUUAUUUAAGGACAAAGUUAGAACCAUUAGCGGAACAGAAAAUGAUCACUUUGGAGCAUAAGGCACAAAAUUUACAAUAUGAAAAUGCACAGAAACAAAUAGCCGCUUACCAAAAAGUUGUGUCUCACGUUUGGGACAUAGUGAACAAAGCCAGAGAAGAAUGGGAAGUUGAGGGCACCAACAGAGGUGGAGCACAACAAAACUCCAGCGUAUCCGAUACUCAUAUGCUAGUUGCUGCGGUGGGAAUGGGAAAAGGACUAAAGAUGGGUCCUGGUAAUGGUCAACCAAAUCCCACUUCGGGAGGAAUGAUGGUAGCACCUCCUGGAAGGCCGGGAGGGCCUCCCGGUCAGGGUCAGUUGCCUCCCAGCACUCAGUCUAUGAGCAUGAAUAAGGCGCCCUCUGCCAUUAAGACUAAUAUUAAAAGUGCUGGACAGAUGCAUCCUUAUGGACGAUAAGUUUUUUUUUUAGUUGAAUGUAAAUAAUGUGUUUAAUUGUGUGAGGCAAUUGGCUGGGAUAUAUUUUAAGAGGCUGGUAAUAGAAAAUACUCGUAUUUGGUAUGUUUGUUUGUGUACAAGGAACAAUAUAGUUUAAUAAAAAUAAAUUGUUGACUCUAUAUGUGCGGACUGUACGACCGAAUGAGAAGCAAAUUUGCAGUGGAACUAAACGCGCGUAUAUAUCAUAAAGCUGUAAAACCUCUUACCUUCCUUUUGUGCUUUACGGCUUUACUUUUCUAAUUACUUACAAUAAGGAACCAAUAGCCUCUGAUAUGUCCAAUUAAUAUACAGGAUGUUUAGCACAGUAUUAACGUUGUAUUUUGAUAUAUCAAACGAAAUUUUAAAAAAAAAUAGGAAAAACAUGAUUUUUUAAGUAAUAUUUUUUUGUAAUUCGAAAAUAAGCUGAAACAUCAUAGAUUUUCUUGGAAAUUAAUAUUAUUAACCUACAACUAUGCCGAAAUACAUGGUCAUAACACGCGAUCGAGAAAUAAUUUUUAUAUAGAUACCUCUCAAGAACGUGCUCAAAAUUCAUUAUUUUUUAAUGGUCUAAACAAAUACAAUAUGUCGCCAAUAGACAUCAAAACAAUCGGAAGUGUAAAUUUUUUUAAAAGGGCUUGUAAACAUCAUUUCAUCAUAUAUUUUGUAUAAACCACUUUGUUAUAUCUAAAAAAAUGUUCAUGUUUUCUGGUUUGUGUCUCGUUUUUUGUUUGUAUAAUAUACAUAUGUUUGUAGUUGUAUAGUGUUUGUUAGUUAUUUAAUCCUUUUUUAAAAAUAGUAAUACGGUAAUUAUUAAGUAGCCUUAUAUAACUUGUAUUAGUUUUUGACCAAAUAAACGAUAUAAACAAACUACCCCCAGAAUUCACCCCUCGAUAAUAUUUAUGCAUCCAUUUUCCCAAAGAUGCUGGCCAUACGUUUUUAUAAAAGGGAAAAACACAAAAUCUUCAGCAUCACAGAAUCAUUUGAUAAAACGACGAAGGUUACAUGUUUCGCCCGACUAUAGUAUCAUCAGACCUAUAAUAAAUAAAAUGAUGUAACCCGAAGAAAGGAAAUCAACACAAACUCACCAUAACCAUAAGAUACACAAAACACCUAAUAUACAGGGUGUCCCAAAAUUAGUGGACGAAACGCGAACCCUGUAUUCUUUGGUCAAAAAUAACCUCACUUUUUCCCAUAAACAUAUAUCGGCAAACGCCCCUCAAGGGAGCUACGCCCCUUUUAAAGGGGGCACCUGAAGAUGGUUUUUUCCACUUAUUUUCGAAACGGGUAAAUAUAAAAAUUUUAAAUUUUGGUAUUCUCCCAAUUUUGAUAUGCUGAAUUUAGUUGUCAUUUCAUAAUUUUCAUUAUUUAGUCAGGUGCGUAUCAUUUAGGGGGUGAGCCUAAAAAAAUACCUAAAAAAAAAUUGUGUGCAAAGUUUUUGUCUUUUUUUCUUUCAAUUUUAAUAAUUUGAAGCUUUUUACGUAAAAAAGUAUUUCUUGGUCAAUAACUCUACGAGUUACCAUUUUCGAGAAAAACGCAUUUAAAAAUAACGCUGCAUAGUAUUAUUUUCACUACCAAUUUUUAUGAAAACUUAGUAGCAGGCUUUGGGAAAAAUUGACACACUAAAUAAUGACAUUAACAUUUGUUGUAAUUGAUUAGUUGACAUUUUGCAUUCAAAUUGUUAAUAUCGUUUUAACUAUGGAAGACUUUUCGACCCGUGAAAAAGUAGAUAUUCAUUUUAUGUAUGGGUUUUGCCAUGGAAACGCACAUGCCGCUGCACGAGAGUAUCGGCGGAUUUGUCCUGCAAGAAGGCUUCCACAUUGGAAAGUUUUUGUUAGAAUUCAUAGAAAUUUACUUGAAUAUGGAUCCUUCGAACGUGCUCGAGGGCAAGGAAGACCAAUUGCAAAUGAUGGUUAUGGGGAAGUACUGAAUUUAAUUGAAGAAAACCCUCAAAUAUCAUUGAUAACCUUAGAAGAGAUUACCAAUAUCCCAAAGUCAAAUGUAAGUAAAAUUAAAUAUGAUAAAUAAAUAAUUAAGUACCUAUUUUGUUAUCCAAAAAAUUAAAUUUAAAGUACUUAUAACUAAAAAUUGAGAUUGGUAUAAAUAGUGUUGUUAUUAAUUAUUAUCGUCGGAUCGCAUUAAAUUCAUUUCAAAAUACUCUAAUUACUAUUAUUAUUAUUAUUUACUUUAUUUACUUGGAUAAGUCUUAUCACAAACAUCAAACACCCCAAAACAAAUCCUUUUGACGACUAACUGGAAUGUUUAGUGGCUUACUAAGGUUUAGGCUUAUUUCCUAUGCAAUUUAAAAUAUUUAAAAAUAAUUUCAGAUUGGAAGAAUGACUAAGAUUUUAGGAUACCAUCCUUUCCAUUAUAAAAGGGUUCAGGAGUUAGAAGAAGAAGAUAUUCCAGCUCGAGUAGACUUUUGUCAUUGAAUUUUAAAUCACCCAAAUCUUCGUCAAAAAAUUUUGUGGUCAGAUAAGGCAACUUUUUCUAGUAAGGCCUUUAACAACCGUAAUACUCAUUUUUGGAGCAUCGAGAAUCCGAGAGUAGUUCGACGAACUAACUUUCAGCAUAGAUUUUCCUUUAACGUAUGGACGGGUUUGAUAGGAGAUAAAUUGAUAGGCCCAAUUAUUUUGCCACACAGGUUAACUGGUCGUCAUUAUUUAAAUUUUCUUCAAAACAAUCUCAGAGAUUUACUGGACGAUGUUCCCAUAGAAACUCGGCUGGAAAUGAUUUUUCAGCACGAUGGGGCACCAGCUCACUACAGCCGACAGGUGAGAAACUGGCUGGAUAAUCAUUUUACAGGCAGAUGGAUAGGCCGAGGUGGUCCAAUAAACUGGCCUGCACGAUCGCCCGACCUUAAUCCUCUGGAUUAUGAUCUUUGGGGUAAUAUGUGCAAUAUUAUUUAUGCCACCGAAAUUGAUACUCCAGAAGAGCUUCAGAGGCGAAUUCUCGCAGCUGCAGGCCAAAUAAGAGAAAACCGAUUUGAAAUUCUUAGAUCGACCUAAAACAUUCAAAAAAGAUACAGGUUAUGCAUUCAGGAAAUCGGAAACUUGUUUGAACAUUUGCCUCAAAUAAAUUAGUAUUUUUAUUUGUUUGCAAUUUUAUUUGUCAAUUUACUUUUGAAGCGUGCUAUUGAGUUUUAAUAAAAAUUGUUAUUAAUAAUACCGUUGAUUGAAUAUUUGGGAAGAUACGCAACCUUAUGGGCUAAAACGUGACCGCAAAUAUGCGUGAAAAAUAGAUGGCGAUUCUCUCCAGUAUGCGCGAAAAUAAUUUCGUCCGUCGCUUCUCAUUAGUAAUCGGCCGAUCAUCCGAGUCGUGUGGGAGAGUUUUUGCACAGGUUCGUGUUUGCCGUAUUGCAAUUUGGUAGUUGUUAAAAAUUUUUCUUGGAUAUCAUAAUCACAAAUAGAUAGAUAUAUGUAAAUGUGUUUAGUUUGUGAGACGAUGGCUUCUUUAGGCAAAAUUAAUCAGUGUGCGUAUAUUAAUUAAGACUUUGAUUUAUAACAACCUAAUAUGGGAAUCUCAAAAUCUUAUUAGAAAAUCUUUAAAAAAAUCUAAUUAUAAACCUCACAGAAAAUUAUCUUAAAUUAUUUUAUCUACAAAAAUCAAUCCGAACUCUUAAAAAUACUGUCUCUUCAUGUCUAUGAGAGCCAUUUUCUCUUUUUCUUUUUUUUACUUUAAGAAAAUUUUAAAUCAAUAUAUUAUGUUUAUGGUCUUUAGUGUUUUAAGUAUUUUCAAUAAUUGUUUUCAUGAUGAAAUUCAUUCAUGAGAAAGAUAAAAAUAAAGCCUAAAAAGCCUUUAAAGUUAUUGAGAAACUGGUUAUAGUACGAAUGGUAGCUUUCCUAAUUAAAAAAAAUAACAUAUUAAAUGAAUGUCGAGUAAUGUUUUCAUUCCUGGAGAGAUUAUAUUUGAGCUUGAAGAAGGUCACUUUGCUGCAGCGGUAUUCUGCGACUUCUCUAAACACUUUGACUGUGUCAACCAUGGAAUAUUGCUCGGUAAGCUUUCUAGAUAUGGGUUUAGGGGAGUUGCUCUAGAAUGGUUAAAAUUUUGUUUUGUUAGACAGAAAAAAGUUUGUUUGGCCAAAUGGCAGUUUGUCUGAACUUUGUGUAGUAAGCAGGGUUCGUUUCUCGGUCCUAUUUUAUUUCUAUUGUAUAUAAAUGACCUGGGGUCGCUCCAGAUAAGAGGAUUCUUCACUAUUUUUGCAGAUGACACCACUAUCUUAUGGACAAUAAUAAAAGCACAUUAACCUAGAACAAUUUCUAAAGAUUUAUUAAUGAUUAAACAGUGGUUUGAUGCUAAUUUGAUGUCUUUAAACAUAGAUAAGACUAAAUUGUUAAGUUUUUAUGCUCAGAGCAGUUCAUGAUUCACAACAAAGAAUUGGAAGUGAAUAAUUUUAACAGAUUUCUUGGAAUUGUUAUCGAUCAUAAACCUAAGUUUUAAUGAGAUAUGUCAGGAGGCAAAAACUGGCUAGACGAUGUUAUGCUGUUACAAUGGUUUUAAAUGAACUGAGAUUGAUAUUUUUUUUGUCGAAAGUUGGAACUUACUCUUAUACAAAAAUACCUACAGUAUGGAAUAACAUUUUGGAGUUGCAUUAGUAAACGGCUUUUUGACUCGAUGUUUGUUUUUAAAAAACAAGCCAUUAAAUAUAUGUGUCAUUUAUCUCCACAGGACAUGCAGACCCCUAUUUAAAGAUACUUUCCUUGUGUUGCUUGUUUAUUGUUGAGUCUGCUUGACUAAUAUACAAAAAAUAUAAAUUGUAUCUUCAAAAUAAUGGCUCCUUAAAACAUUAUAAUAUCAGAAAAAAAUACAAUAUUCCAAUGCCCAUCCCGAAAAGUGAACUAAGAAUUCUCUUAUUUACUUGAGCAUAAAAAUUUUUAAUCAUUUUCCAAAUGUCAUAAAAGUCUCCUCGUUUUAAAAAGUCCUUAACGAAACUUCUUAAAAGCAAAUAUUUUUAUAGCAUUAGAAUUUUUUGAAGAUAGUUAGGAAUAGGCCAAUAGUAUAUAAUUAGUUUUUAGUAAAGAUGUAAAGGUUAGAAUUUGUGAUGUUACUCUAAAAAAAUUUUAAGUCGUCUUGCUUUGAAAUUGAAAAUACAUUUUGUGUUUAUACUAGUAUGUUGAACCCACUAUUGUGUAUUGUUUUUAAAUUAUGUGUUAGUAAUAUGUCGAUUAAUGUGCCUAUUUUAUAUCAUAAAAGUACCAUGUCAACAAGUAGGUACCAUGUAUUUAUGAAUAAAGUAUGUUUUGAAUUUUUUGAAAUUCUAAAUUGUAUUUAAAAGAGAGAGAGGUAUAUAAUAUUUAAUAGGGAUGAUUCCAACUACUAGCUAGAAAUUACCUCGUUGAUAAAGUAAUUAAAAGGGUUAUUCAAAACUGCAAGUGGCCAACAUGGCGUCGACAAGAAGAAACAAAGUUGAUUAUGACUCUCUAAAGAAGGAACGUCGUAUUUAAAAGUUAAAGAUGUUAACUUGUAAAUGAGAGAAAGUGUUUACAACAAUGUAUAAAUGAUUUUAUUUUAUAUUUUCAAAUAACGCCAGAAAAAAAUAAAAAAACCAUUUUGCCAAAUUUCACCUUUUUCCUGAAUAUUAGGAAGUAUUUGGCAUUUUUCCAAUUUUUAGAUUGCAUUUAUUCAAUCAUUGCAUUUAUAUUGCGCAACUUUCGCCUAAUUAAACCAUUUACUGCUCAUCCUUAUUUUGGACAUCCUGUAUAAUCGCGAUGAGACCCUUCAUACUGUUAAACAAAAUAUUUGUUUUUUUUUCUUAUUAACUUUUUCUAGUUUUAAGAAUUAGUAAUUAAGUGUUUGCCUGUAUUGCAAAUUAAAAUGUGGCCUAUUUUCUAUAUUUUAUAGUGUUGUUACACCCUUAUUCAAAACCUUUUAAAUUUUGCGAUUUUAUUUUUAUAUUAAUUUCAGUUAAAGGUAUCUAUUUUUCAGUAUUUUUGUCCAAAAAAAGUGUACUUCACAGAUCUCACUACCCUACACAGUUUUUGAGAUAUUGGCUGGUUUCACAAACCCGUAUUGUCAAAAAUCACAUUACGGGCUACUUUUUGCAAUAAAUUAUUCACUCUAAAAAACUAUAGUAUCGUAUAUAGAUAUUAAAUCUUUAAUUAUUUAAUUUACUCUUUAUAUUUACGUGAAACCUACCUAUAUCAUCACCUUUAUUUAAUAUUUUUGUUAAUUUUCUAAUUAAUAAAUAAAAGCUUAUUGAAUUUU